AUGGCUUCUUCACCUGAAGCUUUGAAACGAAAAGCUGAAGCUCCCAUCCCCAAAGUGGUUCAAUUCACCUCGCGUAAUCCACCCUGGACCUACCUUAAGCUUCAGUUGAUUCCUCAGCCAGAUGGCACAUCCCCACAGCCCAUUGAUUCCCUCUCCGCCCGCACUUAUCUUUCAUCCGCUCUGUCGCAAUUUCUCGGGCUCACAGGUACAGCCAUUCCAAUAGACAUCCUGCAAAUUGAGCACAGAGCUGCAUCUGGAACAAAAGGCUCAAAAUAUGAUGGUGUCUGGAUUCGUAUCCCUCGAGAUGAUGCAGCCGCAGUUGUUGCUGCCCUUAGCUCGUGGAUUAGCAGCGGCCCAAUCAAUGUAGCCUGGAGAGUUUGUGCCAAGAGCAAUUAUUUAGGUGCAUUGGUGGCCGGGUCUGGUAAUGAGCUAUUUUCUCCUUGA